AUUCUCGUGACGGUAGAGAUAAUAUAAUGUCAAUGUCUGCGGACAAUAAGCAGUCGCUCAUUGAUUACUUGAGUUGUGUGCCAAAAGCGCUGUGCAUUGAAGACAUCGGGGAUCUGUUUUAUUUGGUGGAACAGCACUACGUCUCCCGAACACCGCAUUCAAUCAAAGCCCUGCAGUCCCUCCUAUUCCAGGCGUCGGAACCGUUGGAAUGUGAGCCACAAAUCACCGAUUUAUCGCAUAUGCUGUGUCUUCCAGUGCCGGUCAGCGACCUCUUGCCGGCCGCCGCCUCCCCGGCCGUCAACUCUGUGCGCUAUUUCUGUGUCGACUGUCGACCCGCCGAACAGUAUAACAGCGGACAUCUCUCAACCGCUUUCCAUUUGGACUGUUCUCUCCUAUUGGAAGAGCCGUCCGCUUUCAACACCGCAGUGAAGGCACUGUUGGCCGCACAACGACAGGCCAUCGACGAGCAAUCGGUGGCCGGCGGACAACACCUGUGUUUUAUCGGCAGCGGUCGCGACGAAGAGGACCAAUACGUUCAUAUGGUUGUCGCCUCAUUCCUCCAGAAACACCACCAAUACGUGAGUCUGGCGUUCGGCGGCUACGAGUGGUUACACCGACUGAUUGUGGCGAACAGCGAGUAUACCGGCGCUCUCACCGAUCAUAACCGGAAACAGUGUAUCGCUUGCGUCAAAGACAAAGACAGCAAAUCCGUCCGAAACGGAUCCAAGUCGUCGUCGCCGUUAACGGCCGGCGCCCUAUCGGCCGAUGUCGAGCACUUCACGAGCGCGCUGUUGGACAAAAUGGCGAACGCCGUGAAGCCCAAGUACAAGGAGAUGAAGGACAAACUCGUCGAUUACGUCACUAAUCCUAAUCAACAACAAGUGGUCCGACACGUGAGCCCUUCCGACAAAUUGGGCAAAAGAUAUAAAGCCUUUAAUCGGUUCACUAUCGAUGAGGAUCUCGAGUCAGGCAAGUACGGUUUAGAGUCGGAUUCAAACGACGAGUCGCUGCAGGAGAUAGACGUAGAAAAGUGGUCAAAAAGUCCCGAAAUUAUCGGUUGUUUCAAAUGCCAAGAGAUCAAAGAUGACGGCCAUAUGUGCGCCAGUUAUUUAGCGCUUUCAAACACACAUCUGUUUGUAUUGCGAGAGUUGUCGCACAACAAGAAUUUGGCCAAAAUUAUGGCCAAACGGCCGCUGGAGAUGAUCUACCAAAUAAAACAGAUCCCCGAUGUCUUCAAUGCACAGCGCUUUUGGCACACAACUCAACAUUACGAGUGCGAGAAAGUAGAUGAGGAAUGGGUUGCCUAA